AUGGGGGUCAGUCAAAGCCAUGACUGUGACAUGUGCUGUGAGGGUAGCAAAGAGGUUGCAGAGACGACAGAGAACGAAGCCGGACGACUGGGAAAGGCUCACCAGAAGGGCGGUCGCACAGGCAGCGGCUGCGUGAAGCCGGUUUCGGGCAUCAUAUACUACAAGUUUAGCGGCUUCACGCAGAAGUUGGCCGGAGCUUGGGCCUCGGAAGCCUAUAGUCCGCAGGGGUUAAAGCCAGCAGUUUCCGCAGAAGCACAGCCUAUCAUAUUUGCCACACCGACUAAACUGACCUCCAGUGUGACAGCUUAUGAUUAUGCUGGGAAGAACAAAGUUCCAGAGCUGCAGAAAUUCUUCCAGGCUGACGGGGUGCCCAUCCACCUGAAACGAGGCCUUCCCGACCAAAUGCUUUACCGGACCACCAUGGCGCUGACUGUGGGAGGGACCAUCUACUGCCUGAUUGCCCUCUACAUGGCUUCCCAGCCCAAAAAUAAAUGAAUUAGCCUGUGGAAAAAUA